AUGAAAGAAAUAGAAGAAUCGAAAUACCUUAAUGAGAUACUUCAAAGAAGAAUACAGAGGAUGAGUGAGAUACUUAAGAUAUACGAAAUAAGGAUAGAGUUUGAUGAGAACAUAUGUCUAAAGCAAUCUGACGUCGAGGAUUUGAGAAAACUUAUUGAGCAGUUAACUUAGACUAUUUCAAACACUUCUUAAACCGAAUUAUUGCUAAGAUUAAAAGAGAGGGAAGAAUUGGCCUUGAAAACUGAAUUCAAUAAUUUGAAGCAUAAAUAUGACAUUGUUUUAAAAGAGAAAGAUUUUGUGGAAAAAAAAGCUAAGAUGCUUUAAGAAAAUUUAAAGCAAAGUGAGGAGAAGCUCAGAUAGCAAAAGAUAGAUAUCCAUAAUGAGAAGAGGAAGAAUGAAUUCAUGUCACGAAGAGUAGUUGAAAUGGAAAAGUCUCUCAGCGCUAUGGCUGAUGAUCUAGGAUAACCAAUAAAUAACAAUAAUAAUUGGCAGGGGCCGACUGUUUCAAUAACAAACUUCUCAUUAGAAGAUAAUAACAUGUAAUAAAAGUAGCUAAUGCCCCCAACACCAAUGUCUCCUACUAAGUUCAAACCAAUACCAUAGAAUGCCUUGUAAAAACCAAAUAUAGAUACUAAUAGAAUGAGAAGUGUAUUGACAGCCUUAAAUAAGCAGAAUGAGAGUAUAAAGAAAGAGCUGAAUCUCUAUAAAAAGCAAUUCAAUGAAAAAGUAGAAGAUAUAGAGUAGCUUAAUAGCCAAAUCAAAAGACUACAGUCAAAAGUCAACUUCGGAGUCAAAUCUAUGUUUGAGAAUAAACUAAAGGAAGCAUUUUCUCUUAAAGUAUUGCCAGGAUUGUCAGGCUUGCCUAUUGCGGAGAAUCCAAAAUAGGAAGAUCAGACGGAGGAAGAGUAAAUAGGCCAUGGUUUUCUAGCUACAUCAUCUCAAAAUACUAACUCUUAGUAAGCUUAGUAAAAUUUCUGGGAUCUUGACUAAAGAAUGGAUGGAUUAAAGCCCAGUCAUUUAAAAAUUCUUGAUCAACUAUCAGAAUUAGGAGUUUAGCAAUUUCUUUAAGCCUGUAAAAAGGAUGUUAAGUACGAUUCUUAGCUAUACUUAGAAAUAAUAGCCACUUCAUAUUUGUCAUAUAAGAACUUUUCAGAGUCAAUUAACUUCAUAGUGAAUUUCCUGCUCUAUGCUUAAUCACUUCAAGAUCUUGAGACAUCAGAUAAAAAUGGGUUAAAUGGCACUAUUAGAUUAAUGUCAAUCUACAAAAAUAAACUUCCGAAUUUUUUUAACUGCACAAAGGUUACAAUAUGGGUUAAAGAUUUGUCUGAAAAUUAAAUAUGGACUACUCAUUAAAACAAAUUAAUUGUCAGGAAGGGACCACAGUAAUAAGAAAUUAUUUAUUAAGCCUUGGAGUAGAAGAAAAUAUUGAUCUUUAGAAGAAGAGAUGAAAUUACUUACCAAAAAUAAUAUUAAAAGAACAUUGAACAUGAUUUUUACCAAGAAGAGGAGAGGAAAAAUUUGAUGAUUAUUCCUAUAAUUUCAGACACAUCUGGAUAAGCCAUUGGGGCAUUUGAGAUAAUGAAUUUUAGAGUCGUUAAUGAUUCCCAAAGAGCAAUUAUCUCUUCUGAUCAUUCAAAAUUUGCUAUGAUGCUUGCUAAAUUCGCUUCUAGUAUUUUAGAUAAGGAAAAAAUUGAAUCUCAUCAAAAGAGAGAAACAAAUUUAGUUGAAAAAUUCUCUUACUUUAGCAGACUAAUUAUUCAGUGCAAAAACAUGAAUCAACUAUAUCAAAUGUUAAAACUAUUUGUAAAGGAGAUCUUCAACUCUUCAGUUUUGCAUAUUAUCUUAAGAAAAGGAGAAGAUCAAAUUGUAGUAUACAAUGAGAAUCAGGAACCAGUUGAAGAAUCUAUUAAGGUGGGUAUAUGUGGAGAUUUCCUUUAAAGAUAAAUACGGAGGAAAAUAGCUAUUAGGAAUGCUUAUGAGGAUCCAAGAUACAAUAAAAAGGUUGAUAUUGGAGUGUCUAACUAAAUAAUCUUGAUGCCGAUUCUACUUCAAAAGUUUGAUGGGGAAUCUGAAAUUAUAGGGAUGCUGUAGUAUGAAAAUAACAAUUACAAAAUCGACUUCAAUGAGUAAAGGCAAGUCAGAAAUCAUAAUUUAAAGUAUGCAAAUGAGUCAUAUUUGGCUGAUGAUUCCCUAGCAAAUCAAAUACAUAAAAUAAGUGGAUUUAUCGCUGCUGCUGUUGACUAUAUUAUGAGAAAAGAUAAUUGA